GGCAUCCUGUGGUUUUUAGUGGAGUGGUGAAUUAUAUAGCUACACCAGUGGUUGAUAAUUUGUUGGAGUAUAUGUUUGCUGAAAAUCCACGUCAAAUUGAACUUUUUAUUGAAUAUACUCCGGUUACUACUGCGUUGCAAUUUGAACCACCUAUCACUCAUCAUGAUGUUGGAACGUCUAGGAGAGAUGAUUAUCAUAGUUUUGAUGUCGAGACAUCUAAGAGGAAUGAUGAAUAUCAUAGCUUUGAAUUUAACACAUUUGGGAGGGAGGUUGAUGAACAACUAGAUAUACCAAAUGUGACAUGUGAUGGUUAUGAUGGUUCAGAUGGUUCUGAUAAUUGUGAUGGUUCAGGGUUCUAAUAAUUGUGAUGGUUCAGAUGGUUCUGAUUGUGAUGGUUCCGAUGGUUCUCAACCAAGUGAUCUUGAUUAUAGUGCAGAAUCAUGUGAAGAUUCUACAGACGAUGAGACACUUGCUAUGAUGGUUGAGAAUUAUGUACAACCAUCUGUUCGUGGGGAGCAACCUGUUCCCGACUAUGUGCCUGAAGGGUUACCAUUUUUUUGAUCAUUACCAUGUGAAGGCAGCCGAGGUUACUUUUCAGAAGACCAUGGAGUGGGUGAAGAAGAUAUGUGGUAUUGGAAUGAGGAUAAUCCGAGACAUAUAGAUGUGGGAACGAAAUUUGAUAGCAAAUUGCAGUUGAAAACUGUUGUAACAUUAUGGCAUGUGGGAACAGGUCGGAUGUAUGAGGUUAUGGAUAGUAAAUCAAGAAGAUGUCAUGCAGUUUGUAGGGACCCAUUUGGUCCGAAAAGAAAAAGGCAAGGACCUUGGGCAACGAUACCCAUGUAAUUGGGAGGUUAAAGCAACGUUUAAGAAACACGAUGGUAGCUAGUCUAUCAACUCAUGGGUUGAUCGUCAUUGUUGUAUGGGAGAUCACUAUCCAAGUGAACAUGUUAAUCUUACAUCAUCCAUGAUUGCUCUCUGUAUUCGAAGUCAAAUUGAAAACGAUGCUGAAUUCAAGCCUUCUGCGGUAGGUACAUAUAUCAAAGAUAAAUUUCACGUGAAAAUCGACUACAAGAAAGCAUGGUAUGCUCGCAGCAAAGAUAUUGAGCUUGUAUAUGGUGGGUGGGAGGGAUCAUUCAGACAACUCCCCAGCUACCUGACUGAGUUGCAAAGUCAAAAUCCUGGGACAAUCGUUGAGUGGUUGCAUGACCUUACAUUGAGUCAAGGUAAUUUAAAGGUGUUCCGCUACGUAUUUUGGGCAUUUGGGCCAGCAAUAGAGGCGUUCCAACUAGCAAAGCCGGUCUUAUCAGUUGAUGGGACUCACCUGCGUGGAAGACUGAAAGGUAAACUACUUGCUGCAGUAGGUUACGAUGCAAAUAAUAACUAUUUGCAUGUUGCUUUUGCUAUUGUUGAUGAAGAAACAAAUGAGAGUUGGAGUUGGUUUCCGAAUCUUGUCAGAGUGCAUAUUAUAAAGCAUGAACAUGAAGUGUGCAUAAUAUCAGACAGACAUCAAGGCAUUAUAAAUGCCAUGCAGUCUGAUGUGUGGAAAGAGGUACCAGUUGGUUAUCGUCGAUACUGUUUAGUUCAUGUUAGAUCGAAUGUGUUACAAAGACACAAAGGCCACGGAGUGAAGAAAUGGGUAUGGAUAAUGGGUGAAGUAAUUGGGGAGCGGAGAUAUUGGACUGCAAGGCGUGAAUUAGAAAAUGUGAGUCCAGAAGCUCUGAGGUACCUCGAAACCACCAUAGAUAGAUCGCAGUGGACUAUGGCACACGAUGAAUUUCGUCGAUGGGGUGAGACAUCUACUAACAUGGCCGAGUGUUAUAACAAUGUGUUGUUAUCUACGGGGGAACUCCCAAUUAGAGCUAUCAUUGAUAUUACAUUCUGGCGGACCAUCAACUGGUUUGUUAACCGAACGACUCUAGCCAAACAAUGUCAGACGCCUUUGACACCGUGGGCUUGGGAGUUAUUUCAGAAGAAUGACCGUCGAGGGAGACGUCAUCAUGUUAGGACUACAAGCAUAGCACGUGGAACUUAUGAGGUGCUAACCUAUCACAGAGGUCCGGGAAGAGGCCAUAAUAUACAUGUUGUAGAUUAUCGUGAAAAGAGAUGCUCAUGUGGAAAGUGGCAGACCUGGAGAAUGCCUUGCUCUCACGCUGUUGCGGUGCUGAGAGAACGCAGUGAUGACAUCUUUAGUCAUGUUGAUUCCCGAUACCAUACAGAUGUUUGGAUUCACCACUGCGUUCCGUCCAUUGAGACACCAAGAUUAUUGGUAUGAACCUGAAUGGACGUUGGAAUGUUCACCAGCACGGCUACUUCCUCGUUCACGUGGGCGGUACAACAGAGGCAGGAUACACAACCAAAUGGAUGAGCGCGAAGAAGAUGCGCCAAGAGCACCUUGUAACACACCUUACUCUGUUAGUUUUAACCGAGUAAGUGAUGUCACCUUUCGGUACGAUCGACAAACAAAACAU